AUGGAAACCCCCAACACACGAUCAAGGAGGAAACGUGAGCUUGAGAACAGCUCACAGGAGGAUGGACUGAGGGUAGCUUGGGUACAUGAUUCUCAACUGAGGAAAGCGGUCUUGCAAGCCACUGAGGAUGAUGUGAUCUCACCUCCCACCCCCACUCAAAGACCUCGACCAAUCUCUUCCCUCCUCAAAUCAUCAUCUUCAUCAUCCACAUCCGAGCCAUCCAAAGCAAACAGACCACCACGUAAAAGACCAUGUAGGGGUCAUCGAUCUCUACCUACCUCGAUCCAAAAACCAACAUCAAGCUCUACUGGUAAUACUACAGGGGAGAGCUCAGGAUCAGGAUCGAAUAGUCUACCAAACAUGUCGAUCUUAUCCUCUUGUCACAGUACGAGUUCAGAGAAGACGAGGUUGGAUUAUCUCUUAGAUAGGUUUUCUUUACUAUCUUCUCCUAUGGAUGAAGACAAGACAAACAACAGUAGUAAGAAAAGUUAUAUGGAUGUGGAAACUCCAAGUAGGAAUUUACGUCCUAGAAAUACAACAAGUAUAAAGGAUAAACCGAUGAUAAUUACUUCUACACCUUUGAAAAAGAGAAAUGGAAGUAUCUCUACUUCUAAUUCUACAUCUACCUCGAAUGUCAGCUCUCAUAUGAAGCCAAAUCCCAAAUCAAGAUCAAAUCCGAAUAUCGAGCCUAUACCUAUCCCGCUUCUUCACCAAUCGAAGAGCAUCGAUGUACCCCAUCCUAACGUGCCUCAGGAUAAGGGAAAAGGAAUAUUUACUUCCAAACCACCUUCCACUUCUACCACUACGACCCAUCGUAAUCCACUUUCACCCAUCAAAGGAACAGCACCCCGUAUAGGCCUGGGAUCCCAACAUAAGCCAAAGUCAUCAAAUACAAGUGUCACUACUACGACAAUCACUUCCAACAGGACUGGAGGAUGGACUAGAACGAAUAGCGGUAAAGCAUUCAGAACGCCCUUUUUGGAUUCCACUUCUACUGGAGGUGUUCGAUCAUCGCCUAGGAAAGAAGUCUUAAAUGGCGUUGUACCAGUCAGAGGUCAAUCGGCCUUGCCUUCCACCAGACCCAACAACACUACAGCACGACCAAAUAUAUCGAAUACAUCGGUCAGUCCAAACAAACGUCCACGUCCAGUAAAUCCCCGUUCAAAUACUUCAGCUUCCGAAUCAUCCUCACUCAAAUCAUCUUUACCGCCCACCCCACCUGCACCUCCCGUCGAAGUGGGAUUCAAGAACUACGAUGUAGGAGAGAACGAUCCUGAAGAUACCAGUUUCGAUUCGUUUGAUGGGAUUUUUGCGAGCGGUGGAGAGGAGAUUGAAAGGUUGUUAAGGAGUGUUGAUGGGUCAACGUGA